AGAGUAUUUAAAGACAUGCAAUUUGAGAAUAAUCUAAAAGUUCCAAUGGCUUCUUCUUUCUCUCAACUUACUAUAAUUUACUUUUUUGUAUGCAAUAUUUUCAUAUUGCUAGCUUCUAGAACUUGUACAAGUUGUUACACAUCUAUUUUUGGAUUUGGUGAUUCACUUACUGAUGCUGGAAAUUUAAUGCACCUCUAUCCAGCUGAUAGAAAACCACACAUGUAUUUUCCUCCCUAUGGAAAAACAUACUUCAAUCGUCCCACUGGUCGAUGCUCUGAUGGCCGUCUUCUUAUAGAUCUAAUUGCACAACAUUAUGGACUUCCACUUCCACCUCCUUCAAUUGAUGCAAGAGAUGGAAGAAAUAUUCAAGCUGGAAUAAACUUUGCAGUGGUUGGAUCAAGAGCAGUGGAUGCACAAUUCUAUGAAAACAGAGGAAUGUAUGAUAAAGUAACAAAUGUUUCUAUGUGGGACCAAUUGGAGUGGUUCAAACAAAUGCUCCCACAUUUUUGUCAUAAUCCUUCAGGUUGCAAAAAGUAUUUAGAGAGCUCCUUAUUUCUUCUUGGGGAAUUUGGAGGCAAUGAUUAUACACAUUCACUUCUUUCAGGCAAAAAUUUAAAUGACAUUCUAUCUAUUAUUCCAUUAGUUGCCCAAUCUAUUGCCUCAGGUGCUCAUGAAUUAGUGGAGCUUGGGGCCAAGACAAUAAUGGUACCAAGUGUAUUACCACUUGGAUGUGCUUCAUCCUAUUUGACAUAUUUUGAGAGCUGGAAUGAAGAUGAUUAUGAUGAAUUAGGUUGUCUCAUUUGGCCAAAUGAGUUUGCUUCCUAUCAUAAUGAACUUCUUCAAAAGGAAUUACAUCGACUUAGAGAGCUUCAUCCCCAUGUCAAUAUUAUAUAUGCUGAUUAUUACAAUGCUGCAAUGCAACUUUAUCGGGCCCCUCGCAGAUACGGAUUUUUGGAGGGUGCACUUGUAGCAUGUUGUGGAGGUGGAGGUCCAUAUAAUUUCAAUAUUUUUGCUCAAUGUGGCAUCUUUCCAGCAACAAGUUGUGAGGAUCCUAACCAAUAUGUUAAUUGGGAUGGAUAUCAUUUGACUGAGGCUGCUUAUCGAUGGAUGACAAAAAGUUUAUUGGAAGGCCCAUUCACCUAUCCUCCUAUCAAAAAUUUGUGUCCUUUUGGUAUUAAUGAGGCCCAAGUUUCCCAAAUUUAGAAAGCCCAAAAAUAGAACCCUUCAAAAUAUACAGCCAUCUUUAUACAUUCUUUUGUGCGGAGUGUCCUUCAAAUGCACUGGUCUUUAAUUUUUGUCUCUCAAAUUGUUGGUCUUUAAUUUUUACCCUUCACCUAAAAAUUUUAGGUUUCGAGUUCGAAUUCCUAGCUCAGUAAAAAAUUUAAAAAGAUUUCGCCAGGUAGAAUUUGAAUUCGCAAGACAGAGUUUUGCCUGCGAAACUCUGCCUUAAGGCAGAAUUUUUCCUUCAAAACUCUGCUUUAAGGCAGAAUUUUGCGGGCAAAACUCUACCUUAAGGCAGAAUGUUAAGGCACAAUUCUGUUUCAUGAAUAAAUCAGGUCUAUCUCUCUCUUCUUUCUUUUUACUGACAAAAUAGGUAUUAUUUCAGUUUCUGUUACUAUCUGUUUGCAGCAUCCAGCUAGCUCGAGUGACUAGACUAUGUAAUCUUGAAGAAGAUAUUCUAUCCUCUAAAAGUGAGAAGGAAAAACUUGAAAUGCACGUGAAUUUCUAUG